GCACCCCCAAUUCUCAUUAUUGGGGAUGGGAAAAGGGGGUUUGAGCCCUCCCUGCUGCCUCCCCGCGGGUCCGAGCGCCAGCACUGGGGGUAUCUGCAAGGGACCCCCCCGCAACCUCGGAGUGGGGAAACUUCUGUGGUGUGAUGAGUUGUAGGGGCUCAGCGAGGGGGGGGUCAUCGCAAAACGCUUCGGGUGCAGUAAACGGGGAAGGACGGAGGUUUGGGGUGGGGGUGAGCUACUUUUCCACCACCUCUGGCUUUCCCAAAGCGGGAUUUUGGGGUGCAGCGGGUGCGUGCACCCCUCAACCCCGCUCCCUCCCCUCCCGCCAGGGCGGGAUGCAGCGUUUCCAGGCGGGAUCCCUUCCCUUCUCCUUCCCCCGGUGCAAUGGGGAGAGCUGGGGAUUGCCACGGCUGCAAAGUAAUCCGAGCAGCAGCUGGAGGCUCCGCACCGCCUCCCCUGCCCGGCUUCGGGGCUUUGAUUUCACCCAGGGCUCCGCUCUCCUCCCUCCUCUCCCUCCCGCCUCCCCCCCCCCGAGGCCAGGCGGCUGGAGGGGAAGGAGAGAAGCUUCUUGUCGGGUUCUGGUGCUCGGAGGCUCGCUGGCGUUUGCAGCUUACCCGAGGUAAGCGGAGAAAGGAGAAGGGGAGGGUGGUAACGCUUGAAUGGGGUGAAGAGGCUGGAGAGGGGCAGAGCGGGGUCUGCUCUCCCGGUCUGCGGAGAUAAAGGCAAGGCAAAGCUCCCCUGCCUGGGAAUUUCCCAUGGUUUUAAGUGGAUUAAGCUGGAGGGGAAGGUGUGUUUGGGGAGGGGGGGAGGAAGCAGAUGAGGGUUUAUUUGUUCUCAUUAAAAGAGAAGAGAGAAAAGAGAGACAGAAAGAGACAGACAGAAAGAAAGAAAAGAAAGAAAGAAGGAAGGAAGGAAAGAAAGAGGAAAGAAAAGAAAGAGAAAAGAAAGAAAGAGGAAAGAAAAGAAAGAGAAAAGAAAGAAAGAAAAGGAAAGAAAGGAAAGAAAGAAAAGGAUCUGGUUGUGACUCUUGAAGAGGGAGGUCACAAAGCUCGGGGUUCCCCUGAUAACACACACACCCUGUAAACUUUUUAAGCAGCUCUGUGGAAACUUGUUAUUAACGCUGCAGUCAUUAAAAGGCGCAGACCACGGCGGGUUUCUCAGCCCAGUAAAGCACAACACGUGCCAGCUCUCUGGAAACAAAAGGGUCCGGCAACUUUACUCCUAUAGCUUGGGGUUUGGGGAGGUUGGGAGGAGGAGGAUGGAGGAGGUAGUGGGUUGUGUUUGGGGGAAGUGGCAUCGCCUCCGUUAACCGAUGCUCUCCAUCGCGAUGAGCUAAUGUGAUUUGGGAGGGGAACACGGGUGUUCAUCACCGCAGCCGGGCGAGGAGCCUCCAGUCUCCCAAGUGGAAGCAUUUCCCCGGGUGUCUGCCAUGAUAAAUCAGCUGCCGUUAGGCUGAAUAACUGCAUUCACUGAAGUUACAGUAGGAAACUUGUCUGGGUGGACACUGUGCCAUUGCUCUGCAGAGAGCAGCCGGGGCUGGUGGCUGGCGUUGCGCUGAAAUAUCGCAUUGAUCGCUGCUCCAAAGCUCUCCUGGCAGCCACGGGGCUUUAGAGCAGUGAUAGAGAGCAGAGGGAAUGCCAGAAGAGGCACUGUGGAAAGGCAGGGUUAGACCAACGCCUCGCUGAUCCCUCCGGGAAUAAGGAGCACGCUGGAUGUGUUAGAUGCUGAAAGGACCCGAGGGAGCUUGGUAUGUCUCUGGGAGAAUUUGCAGACUAAACUUGGCUGGCUGCUCGCUCUCCGCGCUGCAAAGGCAAAGUGGGUUCAUAUCUGCCAUUGACCUGGCAUGGGGCACAGCUCGUGUCCCUUCGUGACCCAUGGAAGGCAGUCCCUAUCCCGGGGAGGACAUGGGAAUGGGAGGUGCUUGCUCAUAUGUGGGUUAUAAAGGGUCGGCGAGGUCCUGACCUGGGCUCAGCCGUUUCCUGUCUCACUCCAACACAGGAUCCCUCUCUGGAGGUGGUGGGUAUCCCAGAGCGAGCUGUGCUGCGGGGAGACGCUGCUGGUUUGUGAAUGAAUCUGAGCAGCUGCUGGCGGAGGCAGUAGGGAGCAAUUACAGAAUGCCCGGAGGGAAUGAGGACGUGACGGACAGCCCAGGGGAUGUUAAUAUCUGACAGCGAGGUGGACUUGCAGGGAAGGCUGCAGGGUCGGGGUCAGGGUCUCCUGCACCCCUGUUCCUUAAGAUUGAGUGCAAGGACUAAACCAGCACUGAAUGGGUGGGAGGAAAUCUGGAGGAAAGAGCUGUAAAACAACCAAGCAGAAGUCUUCUCUGUUUUCGGAUACAGGAUAAAGCAUCCCGUGUCCCCCCACCCCUGCAGUGACCAGCAGCGUGUGCCACCCCGGUGGAGACAGAGCUGGGAAAUAAAGGUCAACAAUGAAGUUCCUGGUCUUGUUCAAUCUGCUGCUUCUCCUUCCUUGUUUUGGUACCACCAAAACCUGCUUCCCCGGCUGCCACUGCGAAGUGGAAAGCUUUGGUCUCUUUGACAGCUUUAGCCUGACCAAGGUGGAUUGCAGUGGAAUAGGCUCACACAUUGUUCCUGUUCCAAUCCCUCUGGAUACCUCCUACCUGGAUCUAUCAUCAAACAAACUGGAAACAAUCAAUGAAUCGAAGCUCACUGGCCCUGGAUACACCACUUUGGUGAGCCUUGACUUGAGCUACAACAAAAUUGCUAAGAUCUCCUCCACAACCUUCUCCAGGCUUCGGUACCUGGAGUCCUUGGACCUGAGUCAUAACUCUUUGGAAGCCCUUCCAGAGGACUGUUUCUCCAGUUCUCCUCUGGGCGACAUAGAUUUGAGCAAUAACAAGCUCUUGGAUAUAGCGAUGGACAUUUUUGCUUCAAAAGGUCAAGGAAAACCCUUGAAUGUGGAUCUAUCCAAUAAUAUGCUCAGCACAAUUACAAGGCACCGUGAAAAGAGCAUGCCCAACAUCCAGAACUUGAAUCUUUCUGGAAACAGGCUAACAUCUGUGCCAAACCUUCAAGGCAUUCCUCUCCGAUACCUAAAUCUUGAUGGGAACCCCAUAGUCAAGGUUGAGAAAGGAGACUUCAUGGGACUGAAAGAUUUGAUUCAUUUAUCCCUCAGUGGCCUGCAUGGCUUGAGUGAGUUGUCUCUUUAUAGCUUCAAGGAACUACCAGCCCUCCAAGUACUGGAUUUAUCCAACAAUCCCAACUUGAAGUCACUGACUGCUGAAGUGAUCUUUGGGCUGAACUCCCUACAAGAGCUCAACCUCUCUGGCACAGGCGUGUCGUCCUUGCCAAAGACUGUGCUGAAAUACCUGCCUUCCAUCAAAAGCAUCACCUUGGGGAAGAACAUACAGUGUCUUAAGACCAUCAAAGAAGGACAGUACCACCGACAAAUCGGGCUGACCAAAAAAGAGGUCCUCAGUUGCCACGAUAGCCAUGGAUCCGUGGCAGCAGCACCUUAUGUUUCGUGAUGAAAUCUGGGGAGAAGGUGGGGAAGGGAGGGUGGGGGGCCAUGGGAUUUGUACAGGAUCGGACUGAGAUGGCUUGCAGUGUGCCUUUUGUAAGACUGUCAAUAACUUAUAUAUUUGUAUAUGCCAAUACUUGAUUGUUUGUGGAUUUUAUAAACUCUCAAACCAUGGCCCACGUCAUCUGCAAGGCUCCAGGUUUUACCCUUGAGGUCCUGCAUGCAGCCCCUUGGCUCAAGAGUGGUGAUGCUGGACAAUGGGGACCGAGCUGCUCUGCAGGUCCCAGGGCAGAACAGUCAUUCUGGAGCAACCCUUUGUGUCCCAGACACAUCCGUAGGAGCAAAGUUACAUCUCUCCACACCAAAACAUACUGACUCUGUAGCUGCUUGCUUACAAACCCAUGCAUCAUCCUUUUGUAUUAACUAUUACUCCCCAAGAAGUGCCUUCUGGAUGUUGCCUUCAUUAGCAGCACCGUGGUCCCCGUCAUGCACUUUCAGUCUUGAACAAACCUUUCCAGACAAACCUGAACACAGGGUCCUCCUAAUGUGCUGGUUUUUACAUGUUAUUUGCAUGAAUGUGCAAUGAGCGUUGAUUAAGUCGAGAACUUUUCCCACAGUUUUCCCCCUGUUUUCCCAUCAUGUCUAACUACUUUAGGUCCAACCUUGGCAUCCUCCUCUCUUUCUAACCUUAAGCGAGCCAUUGAUCAGAGAUGAUGCACAGCAGAGCAAGGGGAAGAAAAGGGGUUUGCCAACAGCCACAUCUCACCCAGGAGCCAGCCUCUGCUGAAGCAAAUUAACCAGGUGACAAAGCAAAGAAAUCAUGUAGCCUGGCUUAAAACUGUAAUAAACAUCCCUCUUUCCUUUCUGGGAAGGCUUGGAAGAAAACUUGGGCAGGGACUCCUAUCUUGACAACCUUAUUAAACCAAGAUGCAGCCCCAGAGGAUGCAAGAGUAAGCUGUUUCCAUGCUGAUGUUCCCAAUCUGAACACAACAUCUGCAGCUCAGCUGGAUGCAUGUGAGGCAGUCUUCAACACUGAAACACUCUCCAGAACAUGCCAGGAGAAGGAUUAAUACUGACGCCUGCAAUCCUGCAGCACUUUGCCUAUCAGGGGAAAGAUCUUGUUGGGUUUUAGUUCCAGAGUUGUGGCUUUUCUUUCUCUCCCACAGCUCUUUGGCUGUCAACUGCAAUCUGAUAGAAAGCCUGGUCCUCAGAGGUUUGCUCGUGUUUUCCUUCAUUUAUGAGAUACUGGCAAAGCAAAGGGGAGCCCUCCUGGUCCCUCUUCUUUUACCACUUUUAGAAGUGGUAAAUGCUCCAUCCCUGGCAGUGUUCAAGGCCAGGUUGGACAGAGUCUUGGGUGACAUGGUCUAGUGUGAGGCAUCCCUGCCCAUGGCAGGGGGUUGGAACUGGAUGAUCUUAAGGUCCUUUCCAACCCAAACCAGUCUGUGAUUCUAUGAUUCCACGAUUAUGCAGGCUAGGAGAAAACGUGGGAAGGCAACACAAUGUGACUCAAUGCUACAUGUGAAGCCUUCAACUUGCUUAUGGAAGGUCCUGCAGUGGAGGUGUCUGGUCCAUGUCUGGCAUGCUCUUUCAUGGGGAUGGGAAGGAUGGGGGUCCUGCUUGGGCUCAUUUAUACCUGGUCUCUAAACCCAGCCUUGCAUCAAGGCAACCUUCAACCUUCAAUGUCUGAAACUGAUUUAGGGAGGCCCAUGUAAAAAUGAUGCAGAUAUAAAACCCAUCCCACAACCCUCCUUGGGAGUGAUGGGAGAAGCUCAGGCUUCAUCCUCGCUCCCCCAAAAGUCUUUGCAAAUGGAAAUUCUAUUACCCAAAGCAGCUGCCUCCAAGGAUGGUUGAAACCUACUGAGCCCAUAAAAGAGCCAACACCUUGCUUUGGGUACUGAAAUCCCUCUCCCACAUUUUCAUCUAUCUCCUCUUCUUCGGGGACCUUAGGGUGGGAUUUUAACCCUUUCUUUCAGCGCUGGGGCUUUUUGCUCCUCUCCUGGCUCUUUGCAAUGCUCAACCAGCCUUCACAGUCACAAGAAACAUUGAUUUUCUUAAAAAGGCAAUGGGACUGCUCACAAGCAUGGAUCUGGAAGGGAACAGCAAUCACCUGCAGUGCAGGAUGGGGGCAAUUUGGGAGGAAAAGGGUGUUUUUAGUGGAUCUUGCCUUUUUAAGAGAAUUCUUUUUCUGCUGGCAGAAAAUGUAGGUGUUUCAAGGAAGUUGUUUAAUUUUGGAAGUCUGUACAUAGAUGAACUGUUACAGGGAUCACAAACUGUCAAAGGUACUGUCUUUGUGCCACUGUGGUAAGUUUAAAUCCCAAUGUGACAAUCCAGUUGAAGACUGCAAGUGUUCCUCAUGUAAUCUCACAUUAGCUGCUAAGCAAGCCUUGGCAGAAGCUGGCAAGUCCCAUUGCUGUGUUAGUGUGUUGGGUUUAUUUUAAAGACCUUCUGCAGCAUUGUAAGGCUUCGUGAUUUAUCAUGAUAUAAUAAAGUGAUUUGGAGGAGAAUAAA